AGGGCUGGGCUAAAGCCGCGAAGGGCUGCUUAGGGCAUUACCUGUCGCUGAGCAGCGGAGCUCCUCUUCCCCUCUCCAUCAUUUCCGUCGGCUCAUCGUCAUCUGCUUCAUCUAUUCACAGUGGGAAGUCAUCUGUCUAUCUUCGGUCCUCACAGAUCCUCCAAGAACAGGCAACAUGGACGAUAUCCAGGCAAGCUUGCGUGAACUGGGGUUGGAACCAAAUGCAAAAGAGAAUGAGCACGAUGGUUCAGAAAAUUUUGAAGAACUACGCGAGAAGGAUGAGGAGCUAGAGCAACAUCCAAAUGUUGUAGACGGUGAUCAUGUUGCAGAUGGUGGUCAUGUUGAUACGGUGGAGAAUGUCCAAUCUGGUAUGCAUACUGUAGAACCGGAGCCCAAUGAAUACGAAAAUGAAGUUGCUGCUCCAGAAAAUGUGGAAGAGGAAGAGGAAGAGGAGAAGGAAGUGAAUAAAAAGAGACAUCUGAACGUGGUAUUUAUUGGUCAUGUUGAUGCUGGCAAAUCAACAUGUGGAGGACAGAUAUUAUUCCUUAGUGGUAUGGUUGAUGAUCGAACAAUCCAAAAGUAUGAGAAGGAAGCAAAGGACAAAAGCAGGGAAAGUUGGUAUAUGGCAUAUAUCAUGGACACAAAUGAGGAGGAACGAAUAAAGGGGAAGACAGUGGAGGUUGGAAGGGCUCAUUUUGAGACAGAGACAACGAGAUUCACCAUCUUGGAUGCUCCAGGCCAUAAAAGUUAUGUUCCAAACAUGAUAAGUGGGGCUUCUCAGGCAGAUAUUGGAGUUCUGGUUAUAUCCGCGCGAAAGGGUGAGUUUGAGACUGGAUAUGAGAGAGGCGGUCAAACACGUGAACAUGUCCAACUUGCAAAGACAUUAGGGGUUACUAAGUUGGUUGUUGUUGUCAAUAAAAUGGAUGAUUCGACUGUGAAGUGGUCCAAGGACCGAUUUGAUGAAAUUGAGUCAAAGAUGAUACCUUUUUUAAGAUCUUCUGGCUACAAUGUUAAGAAAGAUGUUCAAUUUCUUCCAAUAUCUGGUCUGGUUGGUUCAAACAUAAAAACUAGGUUGGAAAAAAGUGUGUGUGGAUGGUGGAAUGGACCUUGCCUUUUUGAAGUUCUUGAUACUGUUGAAGUUCCUCCACGAGAUCCAAAGGGUCCACUGAGGAUGCCAAUAAUUGAUAAAUUUAAAGACAUGGGGACAGUUGUUAUGGGUAAGAUAGAGUCUGGAUCUAUCCGUGAAGGCGACAAUCUGUUGGUCAUGCCCAAUAAGGCGAGUGUGAAAGUGCUGGGCCUAUAUUGCGAUGAAAAUAAAGUGAGGCGUGCUGGGCCUGGUGAAAAUGUUCGUGUUAGGUUAUCAGGAAUCGAGGAGGAUGAUAUUUUGGGCGGGUUUGUCCUUUCAAGUAUCUCAAAGCCGAUUUCUGCUGUCUCAGAAUUUGAUGCUCAGUUGCAGAUACUGGAAUUGCUUGACAAUGCUAUUUUCACUGCUGGCUACAAGGCUGUGUUGCAUAUUCAUUCUAUUGUUGAGGAGUGUGAGAUAGUGGAGCUGUUGCAACAAAUAGAUCCAAAGACGAAGAAGCCCAUGAAAAAGAAAGUUCUCUUUGUAAAAAAUGGUGCAGUUGUGGUUUGCCGCAUCCAGGUGAAUAACCUGAUUUGCAUUGAGACCUUCAGUGAUUUUCCCCAGCUCGGAAGGUUUACUCUUCGUUCUGAAGGAAAAACCGUUGCAGUAGGCAAAGUUACUGGUCUUCGUCCAUCAGGCAGUACCUGAUUCUCUUGAUGAAAAUUUUUGCAGAUGGUUGGAUGAGCAAGACUUUACAUGUCUCGAGAGUGAAGAUUUUUUCUCUAGCAAAAUGAUGUCGGUGCAUGUCAUCAGUUCUGUGAUGAGGGGAUACCUAAGCAAGCAGUUUGAGAUCUGCAGUUUUAGCUUUUCAUCCGUCCGUGGUGAUUAUUUCCACUGAUGUGCAUGUUUUAAGUUGCAUAUGCGAGAGGGGUUUUCAGAGUUUGUGCAAUUAAUUAUACGUGUAGUGAAUUAGAUUGUUUGUUUUGUCUUCGAACCCCAGGAGGGGCAUCAUAGUUCAUGAUGACACUGGAAUCUGGAUGUCGAAAUGUUUUUGAGUUGGGUUCUUGUUUGGCUGGUGUAUUGGAUUCUGCUCGAUGCAUUUACUGGCGGAAUAAGAGUUAUAUCAUAUAUGAGCUUUA